GCUAAAUACCAAAGCCUAUUACCAUUUUGAGCUUUGGACCCCAAAUUUGAGUAGGCCGGUCUGAACUGGACCAACGGCCCAGAUCGUCACAGCUCGGCCCACACCGGAAACGGCAAGAAACACACCGGAAACGGCAGAGCGUGUCAUGACAUCUCUAGAGAAGUGCCGGAAACUCCAAGAAAAACCUUCGUCCUCGACUUUGCUCAAAACAAAAGAGCGCCAGACUUCCCUCACUUCCACACACUCCUUCGCCUGAAUGCUCACCGGAAUCGCCGCUUCCACACUCCGACUAGGCCUCAUGUCAGGCGCUAUGGCGAUGUCGUCUUCUACCAAGUCCUCUCUCAGCCUGAGAAAUCCUAGCUUGUCAUAUGCUUCGAGCUCUACGCUCUUCAAUUGCCGCGGAGGAGGAGGAGCUGGAGUAAUCGGGAGAAGUCGCGUUCGUUUCAACUCCCCGCUCAUUCGCGGUUUUUCGCUUCGUUGUUUUGCUUCGUCUUCUUCCAGUUCUGAUCGUGUUAAAGUUCAGAGUCCGAUUGUUGAAAUGGAUGGUGAUGAAAUGACUAGGAUCAUCUGGAAAAUGAUCAAAGAUAAGCUGAUAUUCCCGUAUCUUGACCUGGAUAUCAAGUAUUUUGACCUGGGAGUAACUAAUCGUGAUGCUACUGAUGACAAAGUCACCAUAGAAAGUGCUGAGGCCACCCUCAAGUACAAUGUUGCUGUCAAAUGUGCCACGAUAACUCCUGAUGAGACUAGAGUGAAGGAGUUUGGCCUUAAGUCAAUGUGGAGGAGCCCUAAUGGCACGAUUCGAAACAUCUUAGAUGGUACUGUUUUUCGUGAACCAAUUAUCUGCCGCAACAUCCCAAGAAUUGUUGCAGGUUGGAAGAAACCCAUAUGCAUUGGUAGGCAUGCCUUUGGGGAUCAAUAUCGUGCCACAGAUGCUGUUAUAAAAGGUCCAGGAAAGCUGAAAAUGGUUUUCGUCCCAGAAGGUGGUGAUACCCCAUUGGAGCUUGAUGUUCAUGAUUUCAAAGGCCCUGGAGUGGCACUGGCAAUGUAUAAUGUUGACGAGUCUAUUCGAGCGUUUGCUGAGUCAUCAAUGACAAUGGCAUUUGCAAAGAAGUGGCCUCUAUACUUGAGUACCAAAAACACAAUUCUUAAAAAAUAUGAUGGCAGGUUUAAGGACAUAUUCCAGGAUGUUUACGAACAGAAGUGGAAGGAUAAGUUUGAAGAACAUUCAAUUUGGUACGAGCAUCGGCUAAUAGAUGACAUGGUUGCAUAUGCGAUGAAAAGUGAAGGUGGAUAUGUCUGGGCUUGCAAAAAUUAUGAUGGAGAUGUCCAAAGUGAUUUACUUGCCCAAGGAUUUGGCUCGUUGGGUCUUAUGACAUCCGUGCUGAUUUCUUCCGACGGAAAGACGCUAGAAGCUGAGGCAGCUCAUGGAACUGUCACUAGGCAUUUCAGAUUGCAUCAGAAAGGCCAAGAAACCAGCACAAACAGUAUUGCUUCAAUUUUUGCAUGGUCGCGAGGACUAGAGCAUAGGGGAAAACUGGAUAAGAACGAAAGGCUGCUUGAUUUUGUUCAGAAGUUGGAGUCUUCAUGCGUUGAAACAGUUGAAUCAGGCAAAAUGACCAAGGAUCUGGCAAUCUUGGUCCAUGGCCCCAAGGUAUCAAGGGAACUUUACUUGAACACAGAGGAGUUUAUAGAUGCAGUGGCAAAGAAUCUGGAAUCAAAGCUCCGGGAACCUGCUGCAGUUUGAUGGGCAUAGCAUCCAGCUGCAUCUAGUGGUGGUUUGGAGAAAAACACGACCAAUUCAGACAUUUCCAUAAUGGGGUGAUAGGAUUUUAGCAUAGAACAUAUACUUGAAGUUCUCAUUUUCUUUGGAAAUAAAGUUGUAACGACGAUUCAGUUUCAACUUGGUGAUGGUCUUGUUCAAAAUUAACUAGAACAGAGGCCAUUGGGAUUUCGCCUUGCAAUCAAUAACACUUGGUAACACAUUCCUGAUUACAGCUCCUAUGACUCCUAACAAAAUUCUCAGACAUAUGACAAGAUCAUGUCUCAUAAACUGUCAUGAGAGAUACAGAAAUCCAUAUAUCACGCUUGUGCAGAGGUGCAAGUGCAAGAAUCAAGUGCGUCGGUGUUUGAUGGAUCACUGAAUGUACUUUGGGAUUUCCCCCUUCUUCAUCAUACCAAGAGCAUAUUCAGCUGUGUCAGUGAGGUCCUUGAUAUUGUGGACGGAUCUCUCCUCGGAUCCCAGCAGGAAGAUGGCACGAACCUCAGCCUUCUUUGCCAAUCUUGCAGCUAAAUUCAGAGGCAAACUUGGAGAGUUCAGACUGCGCAAUAGUUGUCUGUAGAGAGACAGUACAUAUCCCCUAUUACUUGCCAAGUCCUCAGCUGCCGCCCAAAUCUUCAGGCCUCUCGUUGCCAUACCUGAAAUGGAGAAAAAAGGAAAAAUCAAUUGUGAGGAAAAAUAAGACCAAAAGGCCAAAUCCAAUAAAAACCGUCAUGACAAACACAUUCAGCUAUACAAACUACUGCAAAACCACGAGACCCUCAGACAAUUCAUCGAACACAUGGCGUGCGCCUUCAAAUUCAUUAAUUCCCUUGUUAACACAGCUCAACUCAAGUACAUAUUCUACCGACAGAAUUUCGCAUUCCAGGCAAAAUUUCAGAAGCAAGCAAGACCCGAUUCCCUCCUUUUCUCUCUUUACUCACGCAUCCCAUAAAGUACCCAAAACAGUGUAGUUACCCAAAUUUAUGAUAAUAUAUAAACCUGAAAUGCCAAAACUGCAGCGAGAAAAAGGAUACUGAAGAAGUCGGAUCAAUGUCGCCGGGCGUCCACACUCUGGUAUAGGCCCCGGCGAACGACUUUGCCAGCAAUCCGGCAGCGACGGCUCUCCUCCAAACUCCACCUCACUUCCGGCGGCUCUUGUUCGAUAUAACUCGCCGUGCUGACCUCACUUUCGCUCUGAAACUAUUAGUCUUUAGCGUUUUUGCCACAAAAAAACGACAUAUUUCAAGCCCAUUUCUCUAUUGGGCCGCAGGCUUGUAAUGGACUACGCAUUCCCGGAGGGAUAGGCCCACACAGGGACCAGCUCUCGAUCAGUCUCCUCCACUUCCCCCUUCCCGUCGAUUGUUCUCGCCUUUGGCAGAGAGCACGACACGAGACGGCGUACACUAGGGUUUUGGAAAUCUGUGAGAGAGAGAGAGAGAGAGAGAGAGCUGUAUAUGCAGGAAACAAAGAACAUCAAUUGCAAGAGAGGGAAGAAGAUCGGCAACAAGCCGCAGAAUUCUCCGUCUCCGCUUCUCCUUGCAUCUCAAAAAUUAUAGAGAGAGAAAGAAGAGGCGAAAGGGAAACUUCAACAGAUAUCUCCCAAGUCUCACACCUUCUCCUUACUCUAUCGCCCUCUGCACCUCGUCCCAUCGCCCAUCACCGCCACUCACCGCCGGUAUUCAACUCUCCGGAAGGUACUUCAUUUCUGUAUUUUAAGAGUGUUCUGUAAAUCCGCGUAGGGAGUCCUUUUAAUACCUUUGUGACUAGACUAGGAACAGUAAACUGUGAUUCAGUGGGUUGAAAUCACGCCGUGGCGUCGAUGUGAUUGAAUCGCAUCCGCCCCUUGGCUGGGGGCGUGAGUAGGCAUGACAAUUUUGCCUAUACCCAUGGGUUCCUUACUAUUCAACCUAAUUGGGUUGGGUAUGAAAUCCAAAUAAAUGGAUAUGGGUAGA